CCGGUUCCUCCUCCUCCUGUCGCCCCUCGAAAGUUUUUAUUAGCUCGUCCAUUGUUAUCGCAUGCAGCUGCAAUCAAAACUCACCUUUUAAUGCUAUGCGCAUGCGCGCAAAAUAUUCCCAAAAUCACGUGCUUGAGCUCGAAACAUGAACACACAACAACAACAGGUUGGGACCCUCUUUCUGUCUUGGUCUUUCUUCAGUCAACAGACGUGCGCGAGCUGCGAUGGUUGCAUUGGUGAAGGCUACGCUUGUGUUCGCUCUGCUCGGUGCAGCUGUGAGCAGUGAAACCUUUCUGGAAUGGACGAAGCAGCACGGGAAGGAGUACUCGAGCAAGGCUGAGUAUGAGGCACGCGCCGACAUAUUCGCCCGGAAUCUCCAGUAUAUCGAGAGGUUCAACAGCGAAGAUCACUCCUACGAGUUGGCAGAGAACAUAUUUAUGGAUCUGACUUUCGAAGAAUUUUCGGCCACCCGUCUGAGUACACCUCAGAAUUGUUCGGCUACCCAUCAGCCAACCAGGGGGCGUGUCCUCACCAACAAAACCCCGCCCCCUGCAAUCGACUGGCGGGACCGUGGAGUGGUUACCCCAGUGAAAAACCAGGGUAACUGUGGGAGUUGCUAUACAUUUUCCACCACGGGCUGCCUGGAGUCUCACCACGCUAUCAAGACUGGGGACCUCCUCUCGUUGUCAGAGCAACAGAUAGUCGAUUGCGGUCAGGCUUUCAACAAUCAUGGUUGUGAUGGUGGGCUACCAUCACAAGCGUUUGAGUACAUUCGCUACAACAAAGGCAUCGAGUUGGAGGAGGAGUAUCCUUACGUGGGACGGGAUGAAACGUGUCGUUUUAAUUCCUCCGAAGUGGUUGCUACCGUCAGCGAUGUCCAUAACUUCACCCAGGGAGACGAGGAUAGUAUAUAUGUGGCAGUGGGAACCGUUGGUCCAGUCAGCAUCUGCUUUGAUGUGACGACGCAAUUCCAAUUCUACAAGCACGGAGUCUUCUCCAGCCUACUCUGCCACAAGGAUUCGCAGCAUGUAAACCAUGCAGUGCUAGCUGUGGGCUACAAUGUGACCGAGUCAAAUGAACCAUAUUGGAUUGUGAAAAAUUCGUGGGGAGCUGACUGGGGCAUAAACGGGUAUGUCGCCUUUUCUUGAUUUUGCUGCACAGAACAAUUUUUACCUUUUCGUGAUUGUACAGGUACUUCUGGAUUGAGAGGGGCAAGAACAUGUGUGGGCUUGCAGACUGUGCCUCCUACCCCAUAGUUUAGAGUGCAUAUAUAGACUGUAGUGUAUAUUAUGUAAUGCCCUACUGGGACUGGACUUUGUUGACGCUGGUAAAAAUUCCCUGCAUUCCUGCUUCUUUAUACACGUCUGUGACUGUAUAAUGUUUUA